AACAAGGCUGUCGUUGAUUUUUUAUUGCACUUGCAUGCAAGACGAAGACGGAAGAUCUCUACAAUUGAUGACUUACAAAUCGUACUUCAAUCACACGAUAUAAUAAAACCUCGAGCAAUAACAAUGUAUUUAUGGGUUAUCGUGGGGCGUCAAGGGUGCAAACGGCGUAGAGAAUGGAUGGCGGGCUGUUUUUGUGUUGCAUUCCUGCAGUAGGUUUGACCCUUAACCCCGUCGUUGUAGUCCCUCCGCCUCGCAUUCCUAACAGGGUUUUCCUGCAGUAGUACAGCAAAGGCGCACGCCUGCCACUGCGCCCACUGUGUAUAGGCUAGGUAGCUUAGAGAGCUAGCAACCACCACCCAUCUGCACACAAUCUGUUGUGAGAUGCAAAAAAUAACCAAACACUAUAUAUGAUGCUUUAGCCCAAAGGCGGUGGUGAACACUACAGUGAAUAGCGCCCGAAUCCUCACGAAAGAAGGAAGAGCUGGUGGUUUUUGGGAGCACUUAUCAUCUGCUUGUGCUAGCCUGCGAGCUAACGAAUCCUCCUCACGGUUUCCUGACCCACAGCGACGAGUCGCUUUGUAGCGAUUCGAGAUCCGAGAGACACAGUCCCAACAUACAAUCAAGCCGCCAGUCGCGAAGAGAGGAGGAAAUGAAGGACAAACAAAAGAGGAAGAAGGAGCGCACUUGGGCAGAGGCGGCUCGCAUGGUAUUGGAGAACUUCUCUGAUGCCCCAAUGACACCAAAACAAAUCCUGCAUGUCAUCCAGACAAAGGGUCUAAAAGAAAUGAGGAGUGGGACGGCUCCUCUUGCAUGCCUGGUCACCAUGCUACACUCCCAGGUGAGGGGAGACCGAGUCAAGAACAGCAUCUUCUUCAAGCUGCCGGGACGCAUGAGCCUGUUCACUCUCAAGAAGAACGCCCUGCAGUGGACCAAGAGCCCCACGGAGGCAGACACCGCUACAGACGCCACCGGGGCCUCCAGCGCCUCCACCGCCAACCCCACGGCCUCCUCCACCGGCCCCGGCACCACCACCGCCGCCGGCUCCGGGCCGGGCCUGGCCCACGCCACCGCGCCCGAGGGCGCCGAGCAGGAGAGCUGCGACUCCACCGAGACCACGGCCAACGCCAGCGGGGAAAACGAUGCCUCAGUAGACGAGAGCUCCUCCAGCGCCUCGUGCUCCGCCGAGCCCACCCCCCCAAGCCAACCACAGACCCGCCUCAGCCGGGCGGCCGGGCAGCAGAGCCGCGCAGAGUCCCAGACCCAACACGCCACCCGCCUCAGCCGCUCCAGACAGUCAGGGAGACAGAGAAAGAAGGCAGUGAUGAUGCCAAGAGUGGUCCUCACUCCGCUGAAGGUGAACGGAGAGCACGUUCCAUCAGGGCCCAUGAAGAGGAACCGAGGAGGCGUGGACGUGGACUUUGAGACGCCCGGCUCAAUCCUGGUGAACACCAACAUCCGUGCGCUCAUCAACGUGCGCACCUUCUCCGCCUUCCCCGCACACUCCCAGCAGCAGCUCCUGCAGCUGCUCCCCGAGGUGGACCGCCAGGUGGGUCCCGACGGCAUGGCCCGCCUCAGCAGCUCGGCCCUCAACAAUGAGUUCUUCACCCACGCGUCACAGAGUUGGAAGGAGAGGCUUGCUGAAGGGGAGUUCACCCACGAGAUGCAGGUGCGUUUCCGACAAGAGAUGGAGAAGGAGAAGAAGGUGGAGGCCUGGAAGGAGAAGUUCUUCGAGGAGUACCACGGUCAAAAGUCCGGUCUGACACGGGAGGAGUCGCUGAAGCUGACGAUGAGCGAGGCGGCCGAGGUGGCGGGCGGCGUGCUGGACGACGAGGCGGCGGCGGCGACGGCGGCGGCCACCGGCACGCCCAAGAGACGCAGCGUGGGGCGGCGGCGGCGGGACGGCCGCAUGCGGAGGCGCACGCGCGCCGACCUGCGCCGCCGGGCGCGCCGCACGCUCUGCAAGGCGGCCACGCCCACCCUGCAGUCCCCCGAGCCCUCGGAGGCGGGGGGCGCCCUGCUGGACACGUCGGCGGCGUCGCUCAACUCGCCCAUGUCGGACGGCGCGGCGGUGCAGGCCGAGGUGGUGCUGCAGGCCGACUCGGGCCUGGAGACCCCAACGCCCACGCCCACGCCGACCCCCACGCCGACCCCCACGCCCACGCCCACGCCCACUCCGACCCCCAGCCAGAGCCCCGCCUCCACCAGCGCCAACGAGGAGCCGGAGGCGGCGGCCAGCCUGCUCCCCGAGGAGGCGGCCCCGCCCCUGGCCUCCACCUCCUCCCCUUCCUCCUCCUCUUCGUCGUCGUCCUCGGCCUCCUCCCCGGCCUCCUCCCCCUCGUCCCCCCCCUCCUCCUCCGACCGGCCGGGGGAGGUGUUCGCCGCGGGCCUGGACUCUUCCUCCUCCUCCUCCUCCUCGUCCUCCUCCUCCUCCUCCUCCAGCGCCGUCGCCGCCGUGGACCUCCUGGACGACACGGCCUCGGUGGUCACCUCGGCCACGGGGGGCACCGGCACCAGCAGCCGCGAGAGCAGCCCCUCAGCCAGCCCGGCGCCCACCCACCGCCCCCCCUCCUCCUCCUCCUCCUCCUCUGCCGCCGCCGCCGCCCAGCUCAAGGAGCAGAAGAGGCGGCCGGACGAGGCCCAGGCCUUCGCCAGCUUCCCAGAAAAGCGGCCGCGCAUCGACGACCGUCAGUCCUUUCGUACCACAAUUGACGGUGUCCGCACGGAGAAGCCCCCGCCGGCAGCAGAGGAGCCCAAGGUCCCGCCCAUCAGGAUACAACUGUCCAGAAUCAAACCGCCCUGGGUCAAGGGGCCCCCCACCUACCAGAUCUGCCCCCGCAUCGUGCCGGCCGGCGAGGGGUCGCGGCGGUCGGGGACGGGGGGCGCGCGCACCCUGGCGGACAUCAAGGCCCGAGCCCAGCAGGCCCGCGCCCAGCGGGAAGCUGCUGCUGUUGCAGCCACUGGCGCCGGGGCAGGGCCGGGCGGGGGGGGGCUGCGGCCUCCUGCUGGGCUACCGGAUCGCAGCAGCGGAAGACGAACAAGAGAGCACCCCGGACCCGUCGAGCCCGGAGGAGGAGGAGGAGGAGGAGGAGGAGGAGGUGGAAGAAGGGGAGGUGGUGGUGGGCUGGAGGAGGAACCGCAACCGGCUGCGGACGCUCAUCCGCCUGGAGCACAACUACAGCCUGUAGAGCGGGCGGAGCGCGCCGCGCCGCGGCCCUCGCCCUCGCCGUCGGCCACCUCCACCUCCACGGCGUCGGAGUCCCCACAGAGCCCCGCCUCCGCCUCCGCCCCCACCCCGCCCCGGCAGCGGGCGGCUGAGGAGGAGGAGGGGGCGCCGGCGCCGGCGGCCCCCCCGACGGCAGCGGCGACGGCCGGGGCGGUGGUCCGCGUCAAGACGCCCCCCGACGGGAUCUCCGAGGACGGGGACACCAUGUCGGCCACGGAGCAGGACGGGGGACCGGAGCCCCCCGCCAAGGAGAGCCCCCGGUCCCGCCCGGACCGGACGGCCCCCCCCGCCACCGCCGUCGCCGUCGUCAUGGAGACGCUGAGCCAGUGGAGUGUGAGCAAACCCCUGGCACCCACCUCCAUCCCGGACUCCCUGCCCCGGUUCGGGGCCCAGGGUGUGGACGUCAUCCAGAGCCUCGCGGCGGCCCCCUCCCACUGGGAGCAGGGGGGAGGAGGGGGGGGAGGAGGGGGAGGAGGAGGGGGGAGUGUGAUCCAGCACGGCUCGCACCACGUCGGGCCGCCCGAGGGCCCGCCCUCCUCCAGAGCCAGGCGGGGGUCCCCCUCCUCCAGAGCCAGGCGGGGGUCCCCCUCCUCCCAGCGACGGGGCUUGACGAAGAGAGGGCAGGGAGAGGCGUUGGAGGAAGAGGAGGAAGAGGAGGAGGUGGAGGACGACGCCGCUGGGGGCCACAGCGACUCCACGGAGACGGCCUCCGACUGUGAGAACGAGACCCACGAGGAGGACCAGCCGCUGGACUGGCCCCGCCCCCUCCCCGGCCAGAGGAACGGCCUGCCCGUCAUCCGCGGGCCCCCCCCCCCUCCUCCUCACCAACACGCCGUCAUCCAGGCCCGCCACGGCCCCACCGUCAUCCAGCCCUGCUACCCCAACGGCCUGGCCCCCCACCCCCCGUCCGGCCGCUCCCAGGACCCGCAGCCGCCCCCCCCCCGAGCCCAAGCACAAGCCCCCCCCCGCGGCCACGGGGCCGAGCCCGCGGCCCCCCAGGGCUCCCCGGACGAGGACGGCAGAGCGGCCGCCAAGCCCGCCCCCGCCCCCGCCCCCCACGGAGCGGCCACAAACACUUCCCCGGCCGGCCCCCGGAGGGUGGCGGCGGCGGGGGGGCUGGGCGGCCGGCCCGUGUCCAGCGUGGAGGCCAACAACCCCCUGGUGACGCAGCUGCUCCAGGGCGGCCUGCCGCUGGAGAGGCUGCUGCCCCCGUCCCAGGGCGCCACCCGGCUGGAGAUCAGCCGCAUGCCGGGCGCCGCCGCCGCCCCCCCGCCGCCGCUGCCGCCCUCCAGGGCUCCGUCGGGGGCCCGGACGUCAGGCCCGGCCCGGGGCCACCCCCCCGCGGAGCCCCUGAGCCCGUCGCAGAGCCUGGGCUCCUGCGGGAAGGAGCAGUACCCGUCUCCUCCUCUAGGGGCCGUGCCCGUCAUCACCUCCUCCUCCUCGCGCUCCUCCCUCGACCACGCCCCCCAGAACUCGGCGGCGGCCGAGUCGGCCGUGAUCCGGGAGCCCCCCAGGCACAGGGCCACGCCCGAACGGCCCCACCCCCCCCUCGUCAACAACCACGCCGCCCACAACGGGCCCCUGUCCCCGCCGGCCGACCAGCCCCGCCCCCCCUCGCCCUCCCUCAAGAUGAGCUGGGGCCCGCCCCUGCCGCAGCCCUACCACGCCCCCGGGCCGACGCAGCUCUCCCCGGCCUCCGGCGUCAAGAGCGAGGCCGGGGCGCGGCCCUCCUGCCAGCAGCAGGCCCUCCCCAAGCCCCCCGGCCCCCCCCCGCCCGGCCCGGGCCUGAAGAAGGAGCCGGGCUGCCACGGCGACGGCUACCUGUCGGCGGGCGGCGCCAUGGAGGCGCUGGGCGACGGCUACCUGAGCGGCGGCGCCAUGGAGGGCCUCCUCAACAUGGAGAUGACGCUGGCCCGCAUGGCCAAGAAGGAGCACAUGGGCAAGUCGCCCUACAACCACUGCCCCUCGCCCUGCUCCUCGCCGGGCCCCGCCGCCUCCUCGCUGCCCUUCCAGCUCUACGGCAAGCUGCCCAAGCAGGGCGGCGGCGGCGGCGGCGCGGGCCUCAGCUACACGGCCAACGUGUCGGUGAUGGACGGCGCCGGCGGCUUCACCCGCAGCCUGGCGGACGGCGUGCUGCAGCUGCGGCCCCGGCUGGCGCCCGGCCAGACGGCCACGCUCAGCAUCCAGGCGUACGCCGACAGCGGCACGGAGGAGGUGGCGCUCAAGUGCUCGUGCCGCCUCAAGGCCAUGAUCAUGUGCCAGGGCUGCGGCGCCUUCUGCCACGACGACUGCAUCGGCCCGUCCAAACUGUGCGUGUCGUGUCUGGUGGUCAGAUAG